AUGAGUUUAUCUUUUGAGACCAAGCAUAUCCAGGUUAAUGGUAUUAAUAAGAAGAUUAUAUUACAGAAUGAGAAUGGUCCUUGUGCUCUUGUGGCAUUGACUAACAUUUUACUUAUAUCUCCUGCUCAUGCUGCGUUUGCCACUGAUUUGGUUAAUUUUGUUCAAAGGAGUGAAAUUGUGAGUUUGCAAGAUUUAGUGCAAGUAUUGGCAAAUAUUGGUAUUCAAAAUCCUAACGGUGCUAAUGUUGAUGUUAAUCAAUUGCUACAAUUGUUACCUCAAUUGCAUACUGGUUUAAAUAUUAAUCCAACUUUUAAUGGUUCUUUUGCAGAAGGGAUUGAAAUGUCCCUUUUCCGUUUAUAUAAUGUUGGAAUUGUCCAUGGUUGGAUAAUUGAUCCUGAAGUUGACCCUAUAGCAUUUCAACAUGUCUCAAGAUAUUCAUAUGAGGAAGCUCAAACUGUUUUGGUUCAAUCUUAUGAUAUCAGUAAUGGGACUUUACAAGUAGCAAACCCGCAAGAAGUUCUUGAUGAUGCAUCCUAUAUUAAAUCAUUUUUAGCAAGGUCUGCUACUCAAUUAACUGAGUACGGGUUAAAGCAUUUAAGAGAAGUAAUUAUGGAGAACUCUUAUGCCGUGCUAUUUAGGAAUGAUCAUUUCGCUACAAUUCAUAAAUACAAUGGUGAAUUGUAUACAUUAGUGACAGAUUUGGGAUAUAAGAAUAAUACAAAUGUGAUUUGGCAAUCAUUAAAAUCUGUAAAUGGAUCACAGGAUAACUUCUAUACUGGUCAAUUCAUAUUCACCAACGCUGAACCUGAGGAAAGGCAAUUAGCAAAUGCAGUUUCUAAUCCAUUUAGUGACCAAAAUGAAGAUUCUGCCGUUCCGAUGAAUUUAAACCAAGCUGUAACCCAAAACAAUGAUACAGUCGAAGACGACGAAGAAUUGGCUCGUAGAUUACAAGAAGAAGAAGAUAGAAGAUAUGCUGGUACCAUGCAAAGAAGUUACCAAGCUGCCCAUGAGAAUUGGAGAGCCUCAAGACAGACAGAUUCUGAUUCAGUUAUCGACAACAAGAAAAUCCAAACAAAAGGGAAAGAAAACUAA